GUCACUCAGUGACAGAUGGACAAUGCAAGAAUGAACUCCUUUCUGGAAUACCCCAUCCUUGGCAGUGGCGACUCUGGGACCUGCUCGGCGCGAGCUUACUCCUCAGACCAUGGAAUUACAACUUUCCAAUCCUGCGCGGUCAGUGCCAACAGCUGCGGCGGCGACGACCGCUUCCUAGUGGGCAGGGGGGUGCAGAUCAGCUCGCCCCAUCACCACCACCACCACCAUCACCAUCCCCAGCCGGCUACUUACCAGACUUCUGGGAACCUUGGGGUUUCUUAUUCCCACUCGAGUUGUGGUCCAAGCUAUGGCGCGCAGAACUUCAGUGCGCCUUAUGGCCCCUAUGGAUUAAAUCAGGAAGCAGACGUAAGUGGUGGGUACCCCCCGUGCGCUCCCGCUGUUUACUCUGGAAACCUCUCGUCUCCCAUGGUCCAGCAUCACCACCACCACCAGGGUUAUGCUGGGGGCACAGUGGGCUCGCCCCAGUACAUUCACCACUCAUAUGGACAAGAGCACCAGAGUCUGGCCCUGGCCACGUAUAAUAACUCCUUAUCCCCUCUCCACGCCAGCCACCAAGAAGCCUGUCGUUCCCCUGCUUCAGAGACGUCUUCUCCAGCGCAGACCUUUGACUGGAUGAAAGUUAAAAGAAACCCUCCCAAAACAGGGAAAGUUGGAGAGUAUGGCUACGUGGGUCAACCCAACGCAGUGCGCACCAACUUCACCACCAAGCAGCUCACAGAGCUGGAGAAGGAGUUCCACUUCAACAAGUACCUAACAAGAGCGCGCAGGGUGGAGAUAGCCGCGUCCCUGCAGCUCAAUGAGACCCAGGUGAAGAUCUGGUUCCAGAAUCGCCGCAUGAAGCAGAAGAAGCGCGAGAAAGAGGGGCUCUUGCCCAUUUCACCCGCCACCCCUCCUGGAAGCGAUGAGAAAACUGAAGAAUCAUCUGAGAAAUCCAGCUCCUCGCCCAGCGCCCCUUCUCCGGCGUCAUCUACCUCAGAUACUCUGACUACCUCCCACUGAGGCUGCCCCAGCCCAACUCUGCAGCCCAGGCUUCUCCCUGGGCUGAGAUUUCUUACCCAAAGCACAUUCUUAGCUUAUCUUCCUUUCUUUACCAGACUCUCCUUCCUUUCUGGUCCCAUCUGGGGAGCUCCUGGCUAAGAUAAGAUAUUUCCAGAGAAUUCUGGAGACUUGGUUGAAAGUUAACUCCUUAUUCUACACCAGGUGCCCACAUCAAUUUCUGAUGGUCCCCAACGCCCUUUCUUUACUGUCUUGAGAUCUUUUUUUACACAACCUAUGGUUCCUUUACGAUGUCCGUUGGAGAACAGUUCCCUUUGCCA